AUGGUAACCAUCGCCGUCGUCAUUAUCGUCAUGGAAGCUGCUGCAGCUUUCGAGCUCUCGGCUCCGGACAAGCGCAGCUUCCAGUUUUCCACCUCCACCGCCGACGAUGCCCGCUCGUGGAUGAGUUACAUCCGGCAAGUCAUCCGGGACUUGCGCUCCUCUGUGAUCGAGGAAGAGGAGGACGAGGAUGAGGAUGGUGGAGACCUCUACGAUGACAUCGAUCCGAUAGAGCAGGUCAAGGCCACGCCGCCAGCAACCGCGGUGCACAAGGAGGUGGCCGUGGAUCCAAUCGAUGAGGACAUCUAUGAACUCCUGCCAGAAGACGACGACGAGGAGCCGGUGGUGGUGACGCGGACUGACGCAGCCAAAGCGGCCCAAGCGCCACCUCCCGUUGCCUCCAAGCCCGAGUUGAACUCGGCCACUGAAGCGUGGGACGCGACGCAGCAGUACGACAGCUUCUACCAGGGCCUGUGGGACUGCUCGGCCGACUGCGUGGACGAGCUGUCCUUCAAGCGCGGAGACCUCGUCCACGUGCUCAGCAAGGAGUACGAUGCGUUCCGCUGGUGGGUGGGAGAGGCCAAUGGAUCCGUGGGCCUGGUCCCCAAGGACUACCUGAUGGCGGCCUACGACACCUAGAGCACCGCACGUGGAUUUUCCCGCACGCGGAUUCUCCGCGGCCAUACCCGUACCCUACCCGAUACCCGUACCCUACCCGAUACCCGUACCCUACCCGAUACCCGUACCCUACCCGAUACCCGGCUACCCGAUACCCGUACCCUACCAGAUACCCGUACCCUACCCGAUACCCGUACCCUACCCGAUACCCGUACACUAACCGAUACCCGUACCCUACCCGAUACCCGGCUACCAGAUACCCGUAACCUACCCGAUACCCGUACCCUACCCGAUACCCUGCUACCCUACCCGAUACCCGUACCCUACCCGAUACCCGGCUACCCAUACCCGAUACUCGUACCCUACCCGAUACCCGAACCCUACCCGAUACUCGUACCCUACCUGAGACCCGUACCCUACCCGAGACCCGUACCCUACCCGAGACCCGUACCCUACCCGAGACCCGUACCCUACCCGAUACCCGGCUACCCAUACCCGAUACCCGUACCCUACCCGAUACCCGAACCCUACCCGAUACCCGUACCUACCCGAUACCCGUACCCUAGCCGAUACCCGUACCCGACCCGAUACCCGUACCCUACCCGAUACCCGGCUACCCGAUACCCGUACCCUACCCGAUACCCGUACCCUACCCGAGACCCGUACCCUACCCGAGACCCGUACCCUACCCGAGACCCGUACCCUACCCGAUACCCGGCUACCCGUACCCGAUACCCGGCUACCCUACCCGAUACCCGUACCCUACCCGAUACUCGGCCGGGUAGGGUAUGGGUACCCGUUUGCGACCCUGGUGCGGCCGGGUACGGCUACGGGUAGGCCGUGAGUCACUGGUGAGUCACCGUUUGUCACUCAUUUCCCAACGUCUUGUCUCUUCUCACAAUUCAAGUUCCUAGAAUCAACCCACCCGCGCCUGCAACAUGGCUUCACCCCAGAGGUUGCAAUCGGGUACCCGAUACCCGUACCCUACCCGAUACCCGGCCGGGUACGGGUAGCCAGGUAUCGGGUAGGGUACGGAUACAGGUACCCGAUUGCGACCCUGGUGCGGCCGGGUACGGGUACGGGUAAGGAAUCAAAA